AGCUGCAUUCCGUCAACAAGCACCGGGUGGUGUGGGGUGAGUAUAUAUAUAUAUAUGGGUGCAAGGCAAACGUAUCAUAUAUCAGAACAACUUGUGGAUCUUCAGUUUCGUAGCUGCGAAUGCAUACCUAGAAGCCCAAGCAACGAUGGAGUCCACCCCCCGAAUCGAGCAGACCUCGACGACGAAGGCAAUGAUGUAUCCGGCGGUGGAGAUAGACGUGUGGUGCCUAAUCCAGGUCCAGCCGGACGGCACCGUAACACGAGUGGUGGACUUCGACCACCCACCGCUUUUUGUCCCGGCCUCUGCAUCCGACCCUGUCCCCUCCGUCGACGUGACCCUCGACCCAUCCACCGGAUUGUGGGCACGCAUCUACCACCCGCCGGUUUCUACCGACAAACAGCUCCCGCUCAUUGUCUACGUUCACGGAGGCGGCUUCUGCCUUUUCUCCCCUGGCGUCGACGACUUUCAUCGGCUCGCCACUCGCCUCGCCUCUGCGACGUCCUCCAUAGUCCUCUCGGUCGCUUACCGCCUUGCGCCAGAGCACCGCCUCCCGGCUGCCUACGACGACCUGCGAGCUGCUCUUCGUUGGCUUUCCAACCCUGAUGCUCGCCAACACCUCUUGGCCUCAGCUGACCUCUCUCGCCUCUUCAUCAUGGGGGACAGCGCCGGUGGAAACAUCAUUCACAAUGUCCUCGCCUCCAACGAGGGACCCAAGCUGCCUGGUCUCAAGGGCGUGGUGCUCUUACAACCCUUUUACAGCUCGGAGGAGCGAACAGAAUCAGAGAAAGCAUCGGACGAACAGGGGUUUCUCACCGUGAAGAUCGCAGAUGCGUGCUGGGUGCUGGCACGGCCAGAGAGCAACGAACCGAGGACCAGAGACCACCCGUUCUGUUGUCCGCCGGCAGAGGGGCUGCCGGACGUUGCGGUGAUGGUUGUGACGGGAGGUCGGGACGUGCUGAGUGACCGGAGCGUGCUGUUGACCGCAGAACUGAAGAAACUGGGAAGGGAAGCGGUGGAGUUGCACGUUUUUCCGGAGGAGGAGCACGCCUUUUACUUGCCCAGCCAAGAGAGAGAGGCGCUCACCGAGUUGAUGGGCUUGAUCUCUAAGUUCGUCUCUAGGUUUUGAUGUCCGUUAAGUUGACACUUUGUUCUUUGCAUGAUGUUGCGUUAAACAAUAGCUAGGAGAUGUAAUGUCACCCAUAAUAAAAUAAAAUGUUUUACUUGCCCUUACAAA